AUGGCAUCUCUCAAAAUUCCUGCAAAUGUUCCUCUUCCCGAAGUAGACUCCGAGCAGCUUCACAAGGCCUUUAUAGGAUGGGGAACCAACGAAGGGAUGAUCAUCUCAAUCUUGGCUCACAGAAACGCAACGCAGCGCAGCUUCAUCCGUGCCGUUUAUGCUGCUAACUACAAUAAGGAUCUUCUCAAGGAACUAGACAAUGAGCUCUCCGGUGACUUUGAGAGAGCUGUCAUGUUGUGGACUCUUGAGCCAGCGGAUAGAGAUGCUUAUUUGGCCAAGGAAUCUACCAAAAUGUUCACCAAAAACAACUGUGUUCUUGUUGAAAUCGCUUGUACUAGACCUCCACUUGAGUUUUUCAAGGCCAAGCAAGCUUAUCAAGCUCGCUACAAGACCUCUCUCGAGGAGGAUGUCGCUUACCACACAUCUGGAAAUAUCCGAAAGCUAUUGGUUCCUCUUGUGAGCACCUUCAGGUACGAUGGAAAUGCUGGUGAGGUCAACGUGAAGCUGGCUAGAUCUGAAGCUAAGACACUUCACAAGAAGAUCACUGACAAGGCUUACACUGAUGAAGAUCUCAUCAGAAUCUUGACAACAAGGAGCAGAGCUCAGAUCGUGGUAACGCUCAAUCACUUCAAGGACUAUUUUGGAAGUUCCAUUAACAAGUUCUUGAAGGAAGACGGUUCAGAAGAUGAAUAUCUUCAACUACUCAAAACCGUGAUCAAAUGCUUGGCCUUUCCAGAGAAGUACUUUGAGAAAGUUCUACGUCAAGCCAUCAACAAGCUGGGAACAGACGAGUGGGCACUGACUAGAGUUGUCACUACAAGAGCAGAAGUCGACAUGGAGAGGAUCAAAGAAGAAUACUUACGCAGGAACAACGUUCCUCUUGAUCGAGCCAUUGCUAAAGACACUUCUGGUGACUAUCAGGAUAUGCUUCUCGCCCUUCUCGGACAUGGCCAUGCUUGA